AAAGACUGAAUAAAGCUGCUUGGAAACUGCCUGAUAAAGACGAGACUUCAGCAGUUUUCUUGUAUUCCGAGAUGAAGACAGCUGGUUUCUUCGAGCAAAUAUCAAGAAAGAAACAACGUUAAGAGGAAUCGAGCCCCGAGAAAAUAUAUUCUCCCCAUGAGACUGAAACAGUCAGUAAUGUUGAAGCUGAUUAGUCCUCUGCUUCUCCUUUGUUUACUUCCAGCUGUGGUUCCCCUCUUCUGCUACACCUGUGUUUUCCCCACCAUCUCACCUCUUGACUGCAUCAGAUUUCCUCUGAAGUGUCCACCUGGGCAGCUCUGUCUGUCCAGCAAAGCUGUGGGCAUGAAAGGAGACUUCCAUGUGGUGUUGUAUGAGAAGAGCUGCGUCCUGCCCGCCCUGUGUGGAGUUACGGGCGAAAAAUAUACCAUGGGACUCAACUUCACCUUCACCAAUGAAUGCUGCAACACACAUCUGUGCAACAGAGCUGCAGUACCUGCUUCCCCCCAUUUGACAGGCACAAUACUCAUAUUACUUAUAUCAUACUCAGUUUGGUGAAUAGAAAAAUAUAAAAGCAAUGUGAAAGAGAACGAGUUUGACACACAUGAAGUGGAGUUGUCUUUUUUGCCCUCUAGUAGACUGUACUCAGUUUCCUCUUAGUAACUGUGCACUAAUCUAUGCUAAACCAAGGUUUGUUUUACCACGAGUGUGAGAUGGAAAAAUAACAUUUUUCUCUGAUUAUUGAUAACAACGUCUAAAGAAAUGCCUUUCUGGUUGCAGAGUUGUUUUUGGCGG